CGGAACUCUGCUCCUCUUCGCAGAGCACUAGACGACGAGAAGGAGAAGGGCAGGCAGGCUGGCGGCGGCGCGCUGGAAGAGGAACAGACAGCGGCGGCGCCGGAAGCGGACGCCGGCCGCGCACCGCACUCCACCUGGGAAGGCGCCGCCGAUGUCGUCCGGCGUCCCGGCGCCGGAGGGGCGACCUGAAGCCGCCGCCGUCGACGGCGUCCUGCCCAGCGAACUGCUGAUCGAGAUCCUGCUGCUUCUCCCGCCCAGGGAUGUCUGCCGCGUCCGCGCCGUCUGCCCCUCCUGGCGGUCCCUCACCUACGACCCGCUCUUCGUCGCGGCCUACGCCGCCGGCCACCCGGGCCCGCUCCUCGCCGUGCACAACGGCGGCGGCUUCUUAGAUCUCGUGGACCUAUCCGGGGAUGUCGUCAAACAGCUUUGCACCACCAUGGAGGGCUAUUACGAUCCCAGGGUGCUCUGCACGCGCUUCGAGUAUAUCUUAAUCCAGGGUCAAGACUCAAGACCACAUUAUCAGUGUGCUCGACCCUGUCUCUGGGUCUGUCUCCACCUUACCUGUUGGCAUUGCGGAGGGUCUUGAAUGUCCUGGCCCGGGGUACCCUUCCUGGCUUGCAUUUGGGCAGGUAGCUUCCACAGGAGAGUACAAGCUCGUUCGCAUUGUGCGAGAUGAAAGACAUGGCGAUGAUCUUCAAUUGUGCGUGGUUUUCACAUUUGGAGAAGGGAUUGGACACUGGGGGAGGAAUGGUAAUCCACCAGGUGGAAUUGGACAGUGGAGGGAGGUAGAUAGUCCACCAGCACAUCUCAGUCCAAGUCGCACCAAUGGGGUGGUUGUUAAAGGAAGUGCCUACUUCUUCUUUGAUCGAUGGUUGUUUCAACUUUACAUCGACGGCUACAACAUCGAGCCUGGCUGUAUACCUUCCUUCAACCUGGAGACGGAGCAGUGGAGUGUGGCUGUCCAAGAGCCGAUAAGCCAAAUUAUUGAGAAAUCCAAUGGCUUGCUUGAUUACAGAGACAUUGUUCACCAGAUAAUGUUAGGUGAACAUAAAGAUUUCUUGGUUACAGUUCACGACAAUAAGAAGACCUCCACCAUAGACUUGUGGUUUUUGAUGGACGUUGAAAAUUCUUUAUGGUCCAGACAGCACAUCAUACAAAUUGGCAAUAUUCCAGGUAGUAUGCUAGGUGUUCAGCCUGUAUUGGUGUUAGAUGAGGGACGGAUAAUCCUAUUGGUCCGGACACAGUCAAAAGAUUGGUUGCGGAUUUACAGUCCAGGAAUCAACAGUACAAUGCCACACUUCUAUAAGUGAUGACAAGUUCUUCAUAUGCUGGAGUUGGAAUAUAUACAGGAAGUCUGUUGUGUUGAUAGUGUGGCUACAAAGGUGACAUACUAUUUCAAGUCAUGGAACUUAUUGGGGGCAUUUAUGUAGUUACUUGAUCCAUAAAUGUUCAUCUAUUGCUUUUUUCAAUAAUGGGAAUAGGCGAUGCAGUAAUACAUGUUCUGCUGAACGGACAAAUUAUUCCCUUUUUUAUGAUUAUGUGCCUUCUACUCUCCUGUGUGUAAUAACCUCACCAGAAUAACACGAUUUAAAUUUUGAUCGG